AAUAUUUUAUUCUAAAUUCUCUUCGUACGCGUGUGUAGCCGUGUAUUGCAAUCCAAGUUUCGGUUUCAUUUGUUUGUAAAAACGUGUAAACAAUUGAGAAUGCAGAGCGAACGUCUAGUAGUCAAGUAUGUAACAGUGAACAAUUGUUUUGUUUAUUUGCCGGACACCUGGAUACGCAAAUUAGAAACUAAGGAGAAUGUAAUUGUAAUCGAGCACAAAAAUAAAACGUAUUACACGUCCUGCAACGCAGGGAUAAAUCCCACCGAUACAUUAUGCCUUGGCACCACGUUCGCCAGAAGUCUGAAUAUCAACGAAGGGGACGAAGUAUUCGUGUCUUCAGUGAAAGAUGUACCGCUCGUAACGCGAGUCAACGUUGUACCCCGAACUUCAGACGACAGGGAAAUUCUAGAAGUACAAAUGGAAAAGGUGCAGUCAACCCUGCUCAAUCAAAUUCGCGUGGUGGCGAUAGGGCAACCGAUCGUUGCAUGGGUAUCUAAGCACUCCUCUGUGACAUUUGUCGUAGAAUCGUUGGAGCCAAGUUUGGGGUACGGAAGGCUCGAGCAGUUCACAGAGGUGCACGUGGGGGAGGCAGUAGCGAGAACAGAGACAGAGAUCUCGACGAAAGACAGCAAACAGUUCCCAAGUAUCGUAGAAAAUUUGCAAAACGCUUUCAGAAAGUUCCUGCCACUUGAGGCGCAAGAAGACAAAGCCAGGAACUACGAACUGCUGCAGAGCUUUCGAAAAAGGAAGAAACCAGCUAUAUAUCGCGUUCAUCCAAUGCCAAAGAUCACUGCAGUUGACGAGAUCGCUCGUUGUCCGUAUCACGUGUUCGUGCCUAGGAGCCAGGCGCCAAAGUUUGCAAAUGAUUUCGCGAUCUGCGGCGCUAGGCAGGUGCCAGAGGCUAAACAACACGUGGACACGACCAACACUAGCUUUCUGGUGACGGAUGAAUCCUCUGUGCCAAAGUUAGCCUCUCAAUUGACCGUCAGACUGUUCAUCCUCGAGGAUCUGUUAGAAAGAUCCUCCAAUUUGGACAGAAGCUACUUCAACGUUAGCUCGCUUUACAGAAGCGUCUACGUGUCGGACAGUCUGAGGAUCAGUUUGGGGUUGAAAGUAGGAGGAAAGAUGAGUCUCUGGCAGCUGGAAGCUUCUCAGGAAGUUGUUCCAUCUGCCAUCGAACUGUUUUCGUGGAGGGACCCGGUGUCCAUAGAAAGCUUCGAGAGUUAUGUCAAAACGUGUACGACUCGGGGGCUGCUGAUCAAUUCUUGCGCUGUUCUCGUUCUGGACGAUGGCAGUCGGUGCGUGGUGAAAAUUUCCCCGGAAAAUUGCACGAUGGCCACGGUAGACGAGGCCAUUUUGAGGAGAUUACGGGUACACUCGAUAUCGGUGAACGAGAUGAGCCAUCUGCGAAUGCCUGAUUGGUUGGAUCGGGAGGUUCCUCGGCUGGGGAAGGUUUCCAUAAGACACUUGAAAAACAUUUUGUCGGAAUGCCAACUUUCUCUCGAUCUAAGUCUAGGCCUGCGUACUCAAUUGGGCUUUGAAUACGAUCGAGAGAACAUUUUAAUUUCUGGGGAUGUUGGUUCAGGGAAAUCGACCAUCUGCAAGAUACUCGUUCAGUUUCUGCAAAAUGCACCGUAUUUCGUGCAUACACACGUGAUCGAUUGUAAAUCGUUGAAAGGGAAAAAGGCUGAGAUGUUCCAAAAGAUUCUGACGACAGUGCUGACCGAGUGUGCCUACUACGAGCCUUCUAUAUUGUUUCUGGAUGAUCUAGAAUCGAUCACGAACGCGUCGACGAACGACGAAGAGAAUACUCCGGACGCUAUAAAUGCUUCCAGGAUCACGGAUUUGCUGGUUAACACGGUGAAGCAGUAUCAGGGGACUCAUUACGUGUCAGUCGUCGCGACGUGUGCUGGCGUUAACAAGAUUGGCCAGAAAUUAAGGCCAGCCAGAGGAUUUAAUUUCUUCAAGACACUUUUAUCGAUCCGGAAUCUUGAGAAGGUGGACAGAAUCGAUAUUUUGCAAUUAAUGCUCGGGGACAAGUUGUACGUGCCUGGAGACGUGAAUUGGGAUUACUAUGGAAACAAGACUGAGGGAUGGAUGGUGCAGGAUUUGAUUGAUAUGGCGGAGAAAGCUGCGUUCGCCGCCUGGAAGCGUCACGGCACGUCGAGGCCGCCCGUCGCUAUCACGGAAGAGGACGUGUCGAUUGGCCUGAAGAAUUGUACGCCGAUGUCUUUGCAAGGCAUACAAUUGUACAAAGGCGGGGCUCACCUUUGGUCGGAUAUCGGGGGCCUGGAGGAGGUGAAAAACUCUCUCAUAGAGAUUCUACAGUGGCCUUUGAAGUAUCCAGAGAUAUUUAAGAACGCUCCCAUCAAGCUACAAAAUGGCGUUUUGUUAUAUGGCAUGCCUGGCACGGGGAAAACGAUGCUGGCCAAAGCAAUUGCCAACGAAUGCGGUGUUAAUUUAAUUAGCGUGAAGGGUCCUGAGUUGCUAUCGAAAUAUAUCGGUGUCAGCGAGGAGUCCGUCAGGAACGUGUUCGAAAGAGCCCUUCGCGCUAAACCGUGCGUUCUGUUUUUCGACGAAUUCGACAGCCUCGCCCCGAGACGAGGCCACGAUAGCACUGGAGUGACCGAUAGAGUAGUGAACCAACUGUUAACGCAAAUGGAUGGCGUGGAGGACAGAGAAGGUGUAGCAGUCGUUGCAGCGUCUUCGAGGCCUGACUUGUUGGAUCCAGCUCUUCUGAGGCCUGGAAGACUCGACAAGGCGUUGUAUUGUCCACUUCCAGACGUGACGGACAGAAAGGAGAUUUUAGCAGCGCUCUGCAAAACACAAAACGUGGACGUAAUCGAGUUAGAUUUAAAGGAAUUGGCGGAUUCUACUCGUGGAUUCACCGGUGCAGACUUGAACUCUGUGAUCACCCAGGCCAGAUUGUCAGCUUACGAAGACGCAGUCGCCAUUGCUCCCGACGGAAAAAUCGAAGCUGAGGACAUCGUCGUCUCCCAGAGGCAUCUCGUCGACUCUGUCCAAUCCACACAGCCUUCGUUGUCCACCGUCGAGAAGGAAAAGUACAAAAGAAUUUACGCCAGGUUUGCGGGGAACGACAAUUUCACGGAAGACAUAAUGAAAAAUCAAAAAGCCACGUUAGCAUGA